UGGAGUUUCCAUCCUGAGGAGUCGUUGUGCUCCCGCCACUAGCUCCCGUAAUGGUGGGAUAUCGUGCAGGACGCGUGCUGCGCGUAGGUGCACCCACUCCGUAGCUCCCCACGUCGCCCUCGCGCGCUGGAUCGGCGUCAGUACGAAAGAAGAACAAAAAAAUUGUAGAAUCCGCGUGCAAUCCCUUGCCUUUUUGACUCAUCUAGUUUCUUCAUCUCCUCACCAUACACCUAUCUUCGUUCUCUCUACUUGGGCACAACAUCUCUGAACCCACCUACCAUCUAGAAUCACGACCAUGUCUCUCGCCAAACACCCCAACCCCUCCAGCCCCGUAACCUCCCACUUCUCCCUCAAAGGCAAAGUCGCAGCCGUCACCGGCGGCGUCCGCGGCAUCGGGCUCUCCGCCUCGCGCGCCCUCGCCGAAGCAGGCGCCUCGGUCGCAAUCCUCUACUCGUCUACCAAAGACGCCGACGCCAUCGCGUCCCAGAUCGCAAAAGACACCGGCGCCAACGUAAAAGCGUACAAGGCCUCUGUCGAAAACAAGGAUGAGAUCGCUUCAGUACUACAGCAAAUUGCCAAAGAUUUUGGAGGUCUCGACAUCGUCGUGGCCAACGCAGGAAUCGCAAAUCACCAUGCUGCGGAAGACUACACCGAGGAGCAGUGGCGCAAGGUCAUGGCUGUGAACCUCGACGGCGCAUUCUACACCGCGCAGGCAGCGGGUAACAUCUUCAAGAAGCAGGGCCACGGGAACUUGAUCUUCACUGCAUCCGUGUCCGCGAUCCUCGUCAACGUUCCGCAAAAACAGGCUGCGUACAAUGCAUCAAAGGCAGGCGUGGUGCAAUUAGCACGUUGCUUGUCCGUCGAGUGGGUUGAGUUUGCACGUGUCAACUGCGUGAGCCCCGGGUUCAUCGCGACAGACAUGCUCGACGUGCACCCCGAGGCACACAGGAAGAAAUGGUUCGACAUGAUUCCUGCGAAGAGAAUGUGCGAACCGGAUGAGUUGAAGGGGGCGUAUGUGUUUUUGGCGAGUCAGGCGAGCUCGUACAUGACGGGUGCGAACUUGGUUAUUGACGGAGGAUAUACCUUGCCUUGAGUGAUUGAUAGAAAGCUGUUGUACCCGCAAGUCCACGGGGCGUUGGGUGGUGAUGAUAGAAUAAUUCGACCAACUUUGAUCAACUGUCUCUUCUUCCAGAGUAAAAUAUCUUCCAUUUCCAGGCUACCUGUGCGAUGUGGUGACUGAGACUUGGUCGUAGAUGAUAUCAAAGACCAUAGCAAAGUCCUCCGACAUGUUCCGCAUAUUCUGACCUAGCGAGGUAGGCAGGGACUGUGCAGAUUACUAGCUGCAGUUUUUGCGCGCCAGCCAGCUCAGACAGAUGAAAAGGUUUAGCUUGCGCUUAGACCUGGGCACUACAUCCGGCGACAGAUCUAAAAGUCCAGGGUCGGAUGCUCCGGUCGUCACUUGACAUCGCGCGGGUCUCUAUUGAUCGAUUCGACUUGGGAAAAGGUAGGUAUCCCUGCACGAAACAC